UGGAGAGACCAGCUUGUAAGAGGGAUGGCAGCAGAGAGGCUGGGAGAAUAGGAAGCAAGUGAAAGAGUGCAGAUAAAAAGAGAGCGACCUGAUACUACUGCAUCUCUCGCUUGAGUGAACAGAGCUGAUCAAAGCUGUGCUCCAGAUGAUGAUGAUGAUGACGACGACGAAGCAAAAUAGUCAAGCAAAGGACGAGACAGCCUGCCAACAUCAGCAGUAGAGCGGGAGGCUGCCCAAUCAUCAGCUGACAUGCUCAUGAGUUCAGCAGCCAAUGAAAUGCCAGGAGGCACCCCUCUCCAGCACAACCACUCAGACGCAGAGACGGCACAAGCCUGGCUCAGAUCUCUUAUUAAUGAAUGGAGCCGUUCCCAGGCUGCAUCACAGCACACCUCUGCACUCCCUGCUCGGCUGCUCUCUCAACUGACACAGGAAAACUGGGAGAAAACAUCAACAGUGACAACAAGGACAGCAGCAGCACAGGAAGAGUCAAAAACUGGCUAUGAAGAGACGACAAAAGAACACAGAAACCCACAAUGAAGACACAACUGAGGACAUGACGGAAGCCAUUAAAAGCUCGGAUUCAGAGCCUGAUCUCGAGCCACCGGAUUCUCCAUCGUCGUCAUCAUCAUCUUCUCCCCCUCUUCCUCCGUUAGCCAUGCCACCUUCUGGAUCUGCCUCAGCUCUCCUGGCUCUUGCAUCUCCAGCCACCAGGCGCUCCAUUUCCAUGGGAGACUUCCGGAGGGUGACAGGGGCUCUGCUAGCAGGUUCGGAACCCCCGUCCACCUCUGCCACGGCCCCCUCCUCCAAACUUGUCACCCCCAGCUCCAGCAUGGAGUUCGAGGCAGCUCGGCGGCGCCUCCUGGAGGUAGAGGAGCGCCAACGUGUCAUCAGAGAGAUGGAAAAGCGACUGGAAGAGCUCAGGGAAGUGUUUGUGCGCUCCGAGCAGGAGGUGGUGCUUCACGGGGAAUUGGUGUCGCGGAUAUCAAGUGCAGCCCAGCAGGGGGAGCUGUACGUGGCAGAGAACAGCCAACGGCUCAAGAAAGGCCUGAAGUUCAAGAAGCAUCGGCCUACCAUCGUUUUUUCCUCUAUGCUUGGACUUCGCACGUGCCUCCCCUGGUCUAUGAAGCUAAAAUAGCUAACAUUUCAUCCAUAACUUUAGAAAUGUGCUUUAAAUAACUGGGAAGACAGACUUCCGUUCUUUAGCUAUCACUCAUUGACACGGCUGCUCUCUAGUUUCCACCUUUUCUUUUCUUGUUUCCUGAGGCUGGUCCUCAGGGGGCUUUAGAGUGCCUACAAUAAUCACAGUUGCUAGUAAAGAGCUUUCCUUUCAGUGUAUUACUGAGGAAUUUUUUUGAUUAGGAAACUAAUCAAGCCAGUGCCAGUGCAAUGUGUACAGGAUGUCAUUAGGUCUCUAUUUUUUCCACACACAGUUUGCUGCUUGCAGUUUGUUGUGGGGCUGGAGUUGCACAGGAGAGAUUCAGAUAGAAUCUAUCUGUGGUGCAUGGAUGAGUCAUAUUUCAGGUGAUGUGCAGACUGUGAGGUACCGAGAGCUUCCGUGUAUAUGGCUUAAGUUAUAGAGCUAUGAGAAUUAUGUAAUAUUUACCCAUUCACAAAAUGGAAAAGAAACAACUCUGUGAAUUGAUUUAAGAAAAAAAAGAUGAAGAAAGGAUGAAAGCAUCUGCGUUUUUGGCCUCGUUGUGAGGGAAGUGAAGGGCAGUGAAAGAGCAAGCUAAAGAUUGCUGCAGUGUUAUGUAAAACCAAGUGUGCAGGAACAGGAGAUGUAAGAACCAGAAAAAUAGAAAAGGAACAAAUCUUAGAACUUAGAUGGCUUUUACCUACAAAGUAAACGUGCCUUGGCUUCUCUGAGACCACUCGUCCACUACCACAGCAUCUGCUUCUGGCAGCAUAAACAAGGAAAGACAGCAGGAAAGAAAUUCGGGCUGGAAGAGUUCCACCUGUGGCCUCUUUUUAUCCAGUCACCUAGCAACCAGUUGUCUCUCUAUCCUAAAUCCUCUUGCGUAAACAUACAGAAUGUAUCCAGCAGAGAGCUGUAACUACAACACUAUGAUUUGGCUUUAGAGAUCCACUGAAGGAUUUAGGAGCUAAUAAUUCUACUUACUUAUUUAAAAAUCUACUAGAACUGCCUGCGUAGGAGGAAAUACUAUUGAUAAAAGCUUGUUGCUAACACGGUUUAUGAUUUGGGGCUACACCCAUGCAUCCAUCAUUUAGAAAACUAGAGCAUCACCAUUUGCUGAUUGUGUCUUGGUGCUGGAUGUGACUGUAAGAGUUGCAGCAGCUCCCCUUGUGAUUGCACUCUUAAGUUAUAUAAGUAGUUCACAUUCAGGGUUUGUUUGAGAUGUGUAUGAACAUCCAGAAUAUAUAUAUAUUUGUCUCGUUAUAUUAAGCGAUCAACCUGUAAUUACAUUGUAAUCCUUAAUGCACUGUAAAGCGUUGUCCCAUGUGCAGAAGGUGACCUAAUUUUUACAUAUAGAUUGCUCUCAUUUUUUGCCCCAGUUCUUCAUUUCAUUCCACCCAUUUCUUUUGUCUUUGGAUUAAGCAAUGACAAAGUAUCUCUUGUAUUCACCUGAUCCACCAGUCCCUUGCUUCAGCUAGGUCUGAGUGUCCAGAAUUCACAGCCAGUACACCGGGGACAUCUAUUUCGGGCAUUUGAAGGUUAUAGCAAAGAAGCAAGCACUCAAUUUCAGUGCAGCAUAUGUUGAAAAAAAGCAUGUAUAGAGCUGUGAGUUCGUGCUGGUUUCCAUCUACGUGUGCUACUUUCCAAAAGAAUCAAAAAAGGGUUUUCACAAUCCCUGAUGGUGCUUUGUUUGCUCUCCUAUUAUAAACGACCUCUCCGAAGAACAAAGGAGCAGGGCUGCUUACAAAACAGGCUCAUCAUGUGACGGUGUCAUUGCUUUCUGUAGGUUUCUACAAAAUCCCGUGAGCUUAGGUAUUCCUGUUGUAAAUGUUUCAGAGAUGAUGCAUCACAGAGUCUGUGACUCUGUAAAGUAAGGAAUUUCAAAAGAAACUAGUAAAGCGUUCAGUUUCAGAAUCAUGCAGUCGAUGUGAGGAAAAGAAACAAGCAAAAAAAACAAGAUGCAUGUUAAAGUAGAUGUGACAGCUAAAGCAUAAGCUUAAAUUUUAUAGGGUUGAAAGCAGUGAGAGAAAUAGUUGGGGUAUUUUCUAACUUUCAUUUUAAAGGCUUAAAUGGUCUGUUUGUCUAAGUUUCUUUUCAGCACAAUAUAAAGGGGGUACUCCAUGAAUUUUACACAUAAAUUUCAGUUCACUUGUAAAUAGAAAACCACUAGGACUGUGAAAACUGAUGCAAAAUGGAGAGAUUAUUCAAAAAUCUGAUCUGAUAGGUCUAUCAAGAAAGCUCCUCAACUUUGUUACCUUACAGAAUCACUGGAGUACCCCUUCAAGCAAAGGAAACGGCAUCUUCAGUGUUACCGCUGAGCAACCGACAGACAUGAUGACCUUAUCAUUGAAUGUUGACUAACUCUAUCUAAGCAUUCCACAUGACUAAGGUAUUUAUCUACUGCUUGCUUGUGCACAUAUACCAAACAAUAUUCAGCUCUGCUAGUUGAUAGCAAAAUGCUUUGCAGAACAAAACGGUCUCAUAGGCCUUAAACGUGUAUUCAUGGUCCUAUGUAUAUAGCUUGAGUUAUAACUGAUCAUCCAGCUGACCUAUACUGUAGAUUGCUUUCAAUAUGCCUUAUCAAGUAUGUGUGCAUUGGCAGUUCCUAUACCGAUGGUAAUGAUAUAUGAACAGGUUAACUCAUGGCCAUCAUAGACCUCAUCCUGAAGCAUCUUUGUCUGAACAGGAAAAAAACCCACACUAGUCAUGCACUGCUGUGGGACUGCACCUUUUGUGUUUUCUAUGAAUGAAAAUAACAACAACUAUGUUUCCCAAAGAUCUCUGGGCCCACUUGCAGAAUGAAUGUAAUGUUUAUUGCUAUAUUUUAUUUUUUUUUUGCUGUUUGUUAUCUUUUUUCUUUCAAUAUAAUAAUUACCGUACAUGUAUCUUUUUUGGACCUGUGGUUUGCAAAAAACAAAACAGAAAAAAUGCUCUUGUGUUCAUUCCGUACUGCUGGAAUUACUUAAACUUUUGAUACGAGUGAUUUUAACUCUUUUUGAAGAUGUGAAACUAUUACCACAAUUGCAUCUCUUUACAGCCCUUUAUAGACUCAGACACUGGCCGACCACAGAUCCAAAACAACUUUUCUGAUUGCUAUUCAUCCUUAGAACGUUUUUAAUAUUUUGUGUUUGUUAUUGUGUGAUGUGGUAUAAUAUAUAUAUAAAUAUAUUUAUGUUGUAGGUUUUUCAUUUCCGGUAAAUCAGGUGUCGAAUAUUCACAGUACGAUAUUUUUACUGAUUGAGAGCUGUAUAUUCUACUGUAGUAUGAAUGUUAAAUCAGAUUUUAGUCAAUGUUAUAUGCUUAACUGCAGGGUUGUGGCCACUGAUUUUCUCUCAGUGUUAAAAAUUGAGCUGAAAUGGAAGUUAAUUAUCUCCUGAACCUUGAUGUAACUGAUGUACUUUUGAAAAACAGGCUUGUGGUUUUUGCUGGAAAGUGAAAUACUGAAUGUUCUGCCCUGUUUUCUUAUUUUGCUUGAAUUUGCAACUACUUCUUUUUGCUUUCUUGACACUGUUACAAACUUGAGGCACAGAGCCACAUUGUGCAAGGCUAGUAUGAUUUCAUUUUAAGCAUUAUAGGGUUUUUUUGUAAAAUAGCCUGAAUUAUUAGAAUAAAUGGACUUAAUGAUUCAAA